UGUCUUCUUUCAGGAGCUGAGAUGCCCGAGUCUCCUGUCAGCCCGGCGGCGGCUCGCCGAGCCCCGGCCAGCAGCCUCCUCAGUCCCGCCUCUGACACCGGGGGGGGCCGAGGGGCCGGCCGAGGGGCCCCGGGCCCCGGGGACUCCAGCAGCGACAUCUGGCAGAGUCUCCUGCACCAGCAGGUGUUCCUGGCGAUGAUGGCUCCGCAGCAGACGCAGCAGCUUCUGUCUCCGACCCAGCUGACGGCUCUGAUCCAGAAGCAGCACGUCCUCCUGCUCCACCAGCAACAACUGAAAGAGUUCUACAAGAAGCAGCAGCAGCUGCAGCUGCUCCAACAGCAGUCCAGCAAAGAGCUCCCUGCAGACCAGCUCCUUCUCCAGCAGCUUCUGCAGCUCCAGCAGCAGCAGCAGCUGCUCCGGGCGACCGGGCCGGCUCUGUCCUCUCCCACCCUCCCUUCAGGUCGCUGCCCUUUCCCCGUUCCCCCCUCAGUGCCAGCUGCUGACAUGCUGCAGAUAUGGAAGGAGCUCACUUCUGGAACAGCUGAAGAUAAAACCCCAAUGAAGGAAAGUCCGAACUCCUCAGCUCAGACGAUACCGUCACCAAGAGUUGCAGGGAGGCCGAGCCGGGAGCAGCGGAGUCCGUCUCCUCGCAGGCCAGACUGCGGCGGGAAGGCGGAUCAGGCGGCUGCACGGGUGCUCUUCGCCCACGGCGUGUGCAACUGGCCCGGCUGUGAGUCAGUCUGUGAAAACUUCACCCGUUUCAUCAAGCACAUCAGCAGUGAGCACACUCUGGACGACAGAAGCACGGCGCAGUGCCGCGUCCAGAUGCAGGUGGUUCAGCAGCUGGAGCUCCAGCUCCGCAAGGAACGCAAGUGUCUGCAAGCAAUGAUGGCUCACCUGUAUCUGCCCUCAUCAGAAGCUCAGCCGCCACAAUCCGACCGGGCUGCCGACCCCUGGGGACCACAGAUUAUUGGCGUUCAGCUCAGCCCAGGAAGAGUGUCCAACCACAUGGCGUCGGUGAGACUCCUGGACUCGGCCCAGGGGUCGCCCCGACCCGUGGGCUCUCCGUCCCAGAGCUGCGAGGAGGACUCGCCCACCCACGCACCCUGCACCGGGGCCGUCAGACGCCGCCAUCACCCUCUGGUCUUCUCUCUGUCUCCAGAGGGGGAAUACGAGCUCUACAAGAACACUGACAUCAGACCACCUUUCACCUACGCCACGCUGAUCCGACAGGCUAUUAUGGAAGCAUCGGACAUGCAGCUCACCCUUAAUGAGAUAUACAACUGGUUCACAAGGACGUUUGCUUAUUUCAGACGCAACGCCGCCACUUGGAAGAACGCCGUCCGCCACAACCUGAGCCUGCACAAGUGCUUUGUGCGCGUGGAGAACGUGAGAGGGGCGGUGUGGACGGUGGACGAGGCGGAGUACCAGAGGCGGAGGUCGCAGAAGAUUACGGGGUACGAUCUUUUCCAAGCCUGCAUCCUGAAGAGUCGCAAAAACAUUGACUGCAACCACAAGAAUAUCUGUGUCGCAUGCCUUAAUCAACACAGACUUUAUCUGUUGCUUGGCUGCAUGAAGAGCAUGUGUGAAGAUUCUGGAGUCAGCUUCUUCGUGGUUGCAAGGACUUAA